ACUACAUUGCAGUGCUCUACACGACAAUCGGGAUGCAGUACUUGGCGCAGGCGGACAUUGGGUGCUCUAACUCCACCGGCAGUUGGGAGGCCAGUGUCCUACGCUACAUAGCAUCGAGUCUGGACCAAGUGUUUGUGGUGGGGAAUUGGACAGAGAAUGAGGAUACUAGAAACUCGUGUUCUGUUGUCUCAGCCCCCAGCUGGCUACUGAACUAGGAACCACUUCCGACUCCAUUUACCACUGUGUAGGAACGCCAAAGCCACCGCUGCCCACCACAGCCCCACCAACAACAGAAGGAACCACC